AUUGCACUAAUCGCAAACCAAUUCUCAGGGUGAUUAGACUCGAUUAUCCAAUCCAUCCCUUGUGUCUGGAUAAUUGAGUCUAUUGGAUAAUCAGGUUUGAGAUGAAUUCCUCAGUCCCAAACGAAAAGGAGAAGGCUCCUCAAACUACAACUGGUCAAGCUCCCAUGGCUCUACCAGCCGACUCCCAACCGGCCACAAAUCCCCCACUCGCAUCUGACUCAGAUUCCAGCAAAGGUGCAGGUGCACCACAACAAUCGGGUCAGUAUGUGGUUGGGGUUCCACCCCAACAAGGCGAGAUCCCUACUUGGUCCACCGGCCUUUUUGAAUGUUUUGAUGAUCUCCCAACUCUGGUUAUAACUGCUUUCGCCCCUUGUGUUACUUAUGGACAAAUCGCAGAAAUGAUAGAUAGGGGACAACAGACUUGCUUUGUAUACGCUGCGCUCUAUGCUGGGAUAAUGUACUUGACGGGAUGCGGAUGUCUGUUGUCGGCUUACUAUAGGAUCAAGAUGACACAAAUUUACAAUUUGCCUAAUGACCCUAUCAUAAACAUUCUUGUUCAUCUCAUAUGUGAACCAUGCGCCUUGUGUCAAGAAUAUCGUGAACUUCAGGCUCAUGGUUUCAACAUGCAACUAGGAGUUGGGUGGCGUAAUCAAUCUCCCGAAAUACAACAAAGCGGUGGAGUCAUGGUACCACCUACAGUUCCUGGAGGGAUGUCUCGUUGAAAAGCAGGCAAAAAGUAAUCACUUUGGGAUAUUGAGGAAUUUGACAUAUGCUUGGUUUUUUUUAACCUAAUUAUAUAGUUGUGUUAUAAUUGAAUCAUGUACGUACGUUGUUAUGCUGCUACUGUGGAUAUUAUCAUCAUGCACUUUUUGGUUUUUCAAAGCCAAAGAAUAUAUGUAGGGC